AAAUAAACAAAUAUAUCGCAUCAUUUUAACUACAAUGGAUAAUCAAGAAGUCAUGUCCGCCACCAGUGAAACAACGGACAAACCUACAGCCACAACAACCAUCACCUCAGCAAAAGAUAGUCCUUCACUGCCGGUGACAUCAGUGGCAACUGCGACGGCUGCGGCUGGCGUGACACUGAGCUCCCCAUCGCUUCAAUGUCAAGUGGCCGAACACGCGGAACAUUUGGCCAAAAAGUUUUUAACGGAAGCCGAAAAUGUGGAAAACGUGAUGAGGGAAGUGCUCUUCAAUGCCUGGAAUGUAUGUCACUUCCAUGAGUUGCCUCAAUGGCUCAAAGACAACGACUACCUGGUGAUGGGUCAUAGACCACCACUAUCUUCAUUUAAAGCAUGCUUUUGGUCGAUCUUCCGAUUGCACACCGAAACGGGCAACAUAUGGACACACGGUGUCGGCUGUCUACUAUUCCUCGGGCUGGCCAUCCAUGUGCUCUGCGGUUUUAAUGCCCAGUACUCGAACAUUCCACUAAUGGACAAAAUGGUGUUCGGGUGCUUCUUUGCCGGUGCCAUCAUAUGUUUAGGACUGUCCACAUGCUAUCAUACGCUCAGCUGUCACUCACAUUCUGUCGGACGACUAUUUUCAAAACUGGACUAUUGUGGUAUUGCACUGUUGAUUACCGGUUCAUUUGUUCCAUGGCUUUACUAUGGCUUCUAUUGUUCAUUAAUGCCGAAAAUAUUUUAUUUAUGUUUGACAAUAUUUUUGGGUAUGUCAUCGGUGAUCGUGUCGUUGUGGGACAAGUUCUCUGAGCCUAACUUCCGUCCCGUUAGAGCCGGUGUGUUCAUGUCGUUCGGUUUGUCGGGUGUCAUACCGGGCAUCCAUUGGCUCUAUAGUCACGGCCUCACCUCAUGGAUCGAGUCGUCCAUAAGGGCUUCCUUUACGAGUCUCAUACUGAUGGGUGUACUCUAUAUAAUCGGUGCCCUUUUGUACGCUUCCCGUAUACCCGAACGCUUCUUUCCCGGCAAAUGUGAUUACUGGUUUCAUUCGCACCAAUUGUUUCACAUAUUUGUCAUAUUGGCGGCAGUGGUUCACUAUCACGGCAUCACAUGUAUGGCCGACUAUCGGCUUAAUUCACCCAACGCUGUCUGUCCCGUUCCCGACGAGUAUCUCGAGUAUUGAUUAGUUGAUAUUUUUAAUUAGUUUUUUUUGUUGAAAAAAAGUAUUCACAAAUGUAUUAAUCAUUACAAAAUAUUUUUAAAAAGGCAACAAAUCUAACAUCAAAUUAGGGGAUAAAUUGUUGAUUUGAUUUUAGUAUUAAGUUAUUAACUCUAUUAGUAAUAUACAGUAUAUUAUAAAUA